UAGGUUAGAAUGGGCAGGACAGGAAGUCUGCUCCUGCUCAUCACAUAAAGAAAGCACUUGAAAAAUGUUGCAAUAUUGUCAAUUCCUUAUCUUACGGUUCGUACAAUUACAAGCAACUUUUGAUCACAGACGCGGUAGUUUUACUCAAGGAUUUCUCAAACAGAGCAAAGCAAGUAGAAGCUCACCGUGAAAAAUUCCAAACCCGUGAAGGAAAAAGAAACAGGAGAGAGAGAGAGAGAGAUGAAAUUAGCCCAACUGGAAGUAGGCUUGUCCUUAUCUUUUCGUGUCUUCUUUGCGAUAUUCCAUAAUUUUUCUUUAUUUCUUCAGAGGAAGAAGAACGUCUUGUCAUCCUCCCAAGGCCCGGAGCCACCGCCGCGCCACCUUUCCGCCGCCUCCACUCUCCACCGUCAUAGUUUCACAUGUCCGAGGACCACCCCAAUUACACAUCCAGGCCUCCUUGAAUUCUCUGCCGCUUAAAAGCUUCAAUCUCGUCUCUUCUUCGCCGGAAAAUCCUUCCACUUUCAGGCCCUCAAUUAAUUUACCCACUCAUGCAUGGCUUUGUUUUCAGUAGUUUGUUCCCCUCUUUAGGGUAAUUAAAUUAAUUCACAGACGCGCGCGCACGCGCGCGCACAUAUAGGUGUUUGGAAUCUUCUUAGUUAAUUUAGGGUUUCUGGGUUGAGAAAAUAAUGGAGGAUUACAGUAACAUGAGCGAGAACACUGUAGCUCCGAGGGGGAGCUUCACGUACGGCGGCCCAGUUCUUGCAACAACAAGUUCUUGUGUGUAUGGACGGAAUAGCUUUCAAGAAUCUGAGUCACAGGCCCAUAAUAAUCCGACUGUGAAGGCCGAAGCGGAAAGUGCUUCUCUGCAGCAUCUCCAGAAAUUUCAUUAUCCUAAUUCUGUGAUUAAUAGAGGGCACCAAACACUUCACCAUCAACAAGAUCACAAUCAGCACACUUCGAGUGAAGUCGAAGCAAUCAAGGCUAAGAUCAUCGCCCACCCUCAGUAUUCCUACCUCUUGGAGGCUUACAUGGAUUGCCAAAAGGUAGGGGCUCCUCCGGAAGUGGCGGAACGGUUGGCGGCCGUCCGUCGUGAGAUUGAGAUGAGGCAGCGAGCUUCAGUGGCUUCACUUAAUGUUGCCAAGGACCCAGAACUGGAUCAGUUCAUGGAGGCGUACUGCGACAUGCUGAUGAAGUAUAGAGACGAGCUUGCAAGGCCAUUGCAAGAAGCUAUGGAGUUCAUGCGACGGAUCGAAUCGCAGCUGAACAUGCUUAGCAACGGUCCCAUGCGGAUCUUUACCUCUGAUGCAAAGUGUGAGGGUGCCGGCUCAUCAGAAGAGGAUCAAGAGAAUAGUACUGGCGAAGAAGCAGAACUGCCUGAGAUCGAUCCACGGGCCGAAGAUCAGGAACUAAAGAAUUACCUAAUGAGGAAAUACAGUGGCUAUCUGGGCAGUCUCAAGCAAGAGCUUUCCAAGAAAAAGAAGAAAGGCAAGCUGCCUAAAGAGGCCAGGCAAAAGCUGCUCAAUUGGUGGGAGUUGCACUACAAAUGGCCCUAUCCAUCGGAGAGCGAGAAGGUGGCCUUGGCCGAAUCAACUGGAUUGGACCAGAAGCAAAUUAACAACUGGUUCAUCAACCAGAGGAAACGACACUGGAAGCCUUCGGAGGAUAUGCAGUUUAUGGUAAUGGACAGUCUUCAUCCUCCAAACGCCGCGCUAUACCUGGAGGGACAUUAUAACAUGGGUCAUGAAGGUCCUUACAGAUUAGGGCCAUAGUUAAGAAAUAUAUAAUUAGUCAGAAGAGGCAGCUUAAUUAAUAUUUCUGAUUGUUAUUGCAAGACUUUGGUUCAUUAGUAGUGUCUUCCAACAGCCUAAUUAUAUAUAUAUAUAUAUACAUAUAUAUAUAUACACAAAUGCUCAGCUGUUGUAGCAGUGUGUGUGUGGGGGUGUGGGUAUGUGUAUGUAUGUGUUGAGACCAUUUGAAGUGGCUUGUACUCAGUAGUUUCUUUGUUGCUACAUUGAUUUGGGAUGUUUUUGUCUGGUGUGAGAUCUGUGGGAAGGCCCAGAAUCAAUGGUGUAAUUUGGUGCAUGUGCGCUAGGGUUUGUAGUCAGAUUAAUUAAUUAAUUAUAAGCGUGAACAUGAGUUUAAUUA